AAGAGAUUUAUAUAGAGACUAAGCUGUGACCGCGGAAAAUGCAACAAAAACGGCUGGACAGGUGAACUCUAUGGCUCCGAAUUCAAGGGGCUGACAAGAUGACUCCGGCUGGCCUUAUGGUCUUCUGUUCACUUCUCACGAGGACGCUAUGUGUGAUAGCGCCGCAGUUACCAGAUUUCAAAAUCGGUGACAAGAAAGUAAUCAGCGGCCCAUUCUGGCACGAAGUGUUCACGGAGACAUACGAGGAUCACGACGAGGAUGUGUCAACCACUACCUUGGAGCCACUACCAUUCUUCGAGGAUGACAUUUCAACAAAUAACGUGACAGCACAGUUGGGGAGCCGAGUGCAUCUACAUUGUAGAGUGCAUGAUUUGGGAGAGAAAACGAUCUCUUGGGUCCGACGACGUGGUGAAGACCUGCAUCUUCUCUCCUUUGGCACGCACACAUAUUCAGCUGAUUCUAGAUACUCGCUAGCCUUCGAGCACCCCAAUGACUGGCGCCUGCUCAUACAGUACGUGAACGAAAGGGACGAAGGAUUCUACGAAUGUCAGAUAUCGACGCAUCCGCCUCUGGUCAGGCGAGUGCACCUUACUGUUGUUGUGCCAAAAGUAGAAAUAAUAGACGAGCGUGGACGUCCACUUCAAGAUAAGUUCUACAAAGAAGGCUCGAUUAUUGAGUUGCGGUGCAUAGUCAGCGAGGUGCCGCAGCCUACGCGUCAGGUCAACUGGAAGCAUGGUGCAAGACUGCUGAACUACGAUACGAAGAGAGGAGGAGUUAG